AUGUCUCGUCGUCGCACUUCACACAGCGAAUCCAUGAACGAGUCAUACUCUUUCACCCAAACACCAAUCCCUCAUCGCCGAGGUCCGAUCGAAGGCCCUGAUGGCCGUCGCCUCAUCCGCCGCGUCACCUGGCGCUCAUCAACCUACAAGCUUAUGGCCUCGUUAUGGGUCCUAGGUGUUCUUUACAUCCUCUGGCUGAUCCGUGAUCUCUACUAUCUCCCUUUCGAACAGUCCACCCCACCUAUCCGUGCCGAAUGA